AUGGACGAGGAAAACACCGAAAGUGUCGAUCUCCCACCAGAAAUCUGGACACAAAUAUUCACUCAUUUUCUUCCCUCAGAACCCGAGGGAAUCUUUCAGCAGCACUUGCCUCAACAAGAAGAUUGCAAAGAUUCGCUACGCGACCUCCGCACAUUCUGUCUUGUUUCCCGAAGAUGGCGCCUUACAGCCCAGCCGAUUCUGUACAAAAAUGUCAUUAUCGACAAUCCCAGUCGCCAUGGCUUGGAUAUGAAGUUGUUGAGAACUCUAGCUUUGACUCCCGAGCUAGCCAGCAAGGUACGGACCUGCAAGCUGCUUGAUGUUGGGCGGCAGGGGCAAGGGGUGGAAAAACUACUUGCUGCCAUCAUACGGUCGAUACAAGUACCUCACAGGUACAGAAAUCUCCUCAGAGCACAUUUGCUGGAUAAAUAUCGACCUCCCUCAGAGGGGCUCGCGGGGAUUACUCUUGCAUUGGCGACGAAAGCACGACGCAUUGAAGUUAGUCCUGGUCCCCAGCCUUACGGCCUGAUUUGGAUGCUGAGCGGAUCACUUGAUGUACAAGAGGGGGAUCCCGAGAGCUUCUAUCGUUUCCCAAAACCGACGGAAUGGAGUAAUGUGACAACAAUUCAAGGCGAAGUUGCCAAAGGGAUCAAUAGCCUGCCCUCUUAUCUACCACGCGCAAGAGAUCCAAGCGAAGCUGACAUCCGGAUCUAUGACGCAAGAGCCUUUGCCAACUAUGGGUUGCCACACCUCACAGACUUGCAUCUUAAUUUCGAGAAUGAAGACAACAGGCUAGUAGAUUUGGCAGCUAUAAGACUUCUUUUCCACCACCCGAGCCUGGAGAUAUUGCGACUUUCAAACAUCAACUGGCUUAUAGAUUCAGAAGAGGACAUGGAGUAUCAAAGCAUGGAGACGGAUUAUCAUCCCAUCGAGAAUAAAAUUCACACUAUUGACCUGCGCAAUUCCGCCGUCAAUGCGUUCUCGAUAAGGCAUAUUCUGACCAAUUUCUCGUCUCUACGCUAUUUUUCAGUGGAGCUACAUGAUUUUAAUCUUUGGAGACCACGAGAAGAUGAGGAUAUUCAUGACAAGAUGUGGAAUUUCGAAUCCGCCGAGUUUGGUACUGCUCUCAGGAGACAUGGAAGAUCUCUUGUCGAACUCAGGUUGGAAACAUGGCAGUACUACUACGACGACUGGGAACGAGGUAUGUCAAGGGCCUUCGGCUCGCUUGCUCGUAUCCCCCUUCGCCGGCUAGAGAUUGAGCUGCAUGAGCUUGUUCCCGGAUACAACAAUCUAGCCAAUGAUGAGAUCGAAGUCCUCAUGAGUGUUCUCCCUCUAGAGCUCGAGGAGCUGACCAUUUUGGGCCCAAACAGGAAUAUCUUGACUGGGAUUGGAUCUUUUCUGCGCAACUGCUUCAGCAGGCCGCUUCGGAUGGUAAACUUGGAGAUGAUUGACUCGUCCCCUCUCGAUGAAAGCGAAACAAAGGAAAUCGAUGGUUGGAUUAUGGAGCAAGACUGUAGAUAUACACGCACUGCUGCUGGCCGUGAUUUGAUUAGAUUUGUGUCCUUUGUUAAGGUACGCGUUCCGCGCCCGACGCACUCCGGAACGAAGCCCGCAUUGGCUGUUGGAUAA